AUGUCCGGCUCAACGUCGCUCUUCCAGGUGUACCUGCGCCUCCGGCCACCCAUCCAAGUAGCGAAGGACCCCACGAACCCGUGGUUGAUUGUCGAGCAGCCCGACGCAAAAGACAAUCCCGGCACAGACGGAGACGAGGGCGCGAGCAUGCCAUUUUCCACACAUGUUACCUUGCAGCCACCGAACGAGUCAAGAAAGCGAGCAAUAGAACGUUUCGGCUUCACCAAGAUCUUCAGAGAGGAUGCAUCGCAACUAGACGUCUUUGAGGAGAUCAAGGUCGCGGACAGCGUCAGAAGCGUGGUCCAAAGUGGACGUGAUGGUCUUAUUGCCACGUUGGGCGUCACUGGCAGUGGCAAGAGCCAUACAAUCCUAGGCUCCAAAUCACAGCGAGGCUUAACACAAAUGACAUUGGACGUUCUGUUCAACUCGCUUGGCCACAAUGUUCGACGACCGACCGACUCACACCUCAUCUCCUCAAUCCAAGCCACAGACGCCUCAGAGGCUCAAAUUCAGUCGGCAACCACAUUCCUCGAAUCGAUAUAUGGCGACAGCGAUCGAAGUAGAAUUUCGAGGACUCCCAUGUCGCGUGCCCAAACUCCCAUGACGGUAAAUAGUCCCAUUGCUCCUCCCGGAGCCUUCCCAUCCUCUCCGUCCAGAGACUCCCUAUCGCGUGAAAUGCAAAGCCUGGCCCUCAGCGAGACCUACCAAGCCGAAGUUCUCAAAGGCUACACACUGCCUGACUCCCCAAGUCCCAAGAAGAAAGACAAGUGGCACCCGCCUCCAAGAUUCCCUUUUGGCAACUCCUGA